AAUGUGAUUGGCUGUUCCCAGCAAGUGGCGAACGCUCCAUCUCCACCGUAUGAGGACUACAUUUCCCGGCAUCCUCCACCCCAGGCACCGCCCAGUACGGAGGCCAUGCCCGCUGUCACGUACAGUUCUGUACCACGACCCCGCUGUCAGGUGUGUCAGUGCCUGCACUGUGUAAUUGGUGUGACCCGGGUGUGGGUGCUGCAAGUGUCGCGGAGUGACUCGGGUGUGGGUGCUGUCAGUGAUGUCGGUGCAGCUAGCGGUGCGGGCUGGCUGGGUGCUCCGGCGGACGGCGCCGCUCUCCCCGCUGUGGUGCUGCAGUGUCCGGGCUGUGCAUGGCUCCGCCGCCCGCUCCCCGGGGAGACCCUCCCUGUUGGUGGCGGCCGGGGCCGCGGUGCUGGCCGGAGUGGCGGCGGGGUACAGCCACCUGCAGCGGGCGGAGAUGGCGGCUGCGGAGCGGGGGGAUGAGCUGUCCCGGCGGUGUGCGGGCUUCAUGGCUCCCCCGGUGACGGACAUGGGACAGCUGCGGGCGGCCGGGCAGGACAUGAAGAGCCGCAUGGAGCUGCUGAUCCUGGAGACGCAGGCGGAGGUGUGCCGGGCGCUGCAGGAGGCGGACGUGGGGGCGAGCUUCACCGUGGACACCUGGCAGCGGGCGGAGGGUGGCGGGGGUGUGAGCUGCGUCCUGCAGGACGGUCAGGUCUUCGAGAAGGCCGGCGUCAACGUCUCCGUGGUCCAUGGCCACCUGUCGCAGGAAUCUAUCCAGCAGAUGAAGAGCCGAGGAAAGUCCCUGAAAACCAAAGACGGAAAACUGCCAUUUUGUGCCAUGGGAGUCAGUUCAGUAAUCCAUCCGAAGAAUCCGCAUGUUCCCACAAUACACUUUAACUACAGAUACUUUGAAAUUGAGGAAGCGGAUGGCAACAAGCAGUGGUGGUUUGGAGGUGGGACAGACCUCACCCCAACUUACCUGAACCAGGAGGAUGUGGUGCAUUUCCAUCAGACCCUGAAGGAAGCGUGUGAUAAACACAGUCCAGGCUUCUAUCCCCAGUUCAAGAAGUGGUGUGAUGACUACUUUUUCAUUAAGCACCGUGGAGAGCGGAGAGGAGUUGGGGGCAUUUUCUUUGAUGACCUGGACUCCCCAUCCAAAGAAGAGCUGUUCCAGUUUGUGCAGAGCUGUGCCAGGGCCGUGGUUCCGUGUUACAUCCCCAUAGUAAACAAGCACAAGAAUGACCCCUUUACCCCAGAGGAAAAGCUGUGGCAGCAGCUGAGAAGAGGACGGUAUGUGGAGUUCAACCUUGUUUAUGACAGAGGAACCAAAUUUGGCCUCGCAACUUCUGGCUCCAGGAUUGAGAGUAUUCUCAUGUCCCUGCCGCUGACCGCCAGGUGGGAGUACAUGCAUAUACCACCUCCAGAGUCUCGGGAGGCAGAGAUUCUCCAUGUUCUGCGGGAGCCCAAGGACUGGGUACACUGAUUUACCUCAGACUUCAUACCUGAUGUCCUAACAGGCCUGGGGAAUAAGUCUUAUUACAGGGCGACAUCAUAUCUCCCGUCUCUUCCAUGUGCCUUAUCUGUUCUUUAUGCUGCUUGAUGCCCCAGGCCUAGGAUUCCUGCCUGAUCCAUCCAUGUGACCCAUCUCUUGGAUCCUAAUCACUUAUCAUUGGGUAUACGUCACAUGCUGGCCUUGUCACUGGCGUAUAUAUUAUGUAUGACUACAUUUAAUUAUAGACUACAGUAAAUUAAUGAUUGCACUGAGGGACAAUACACUAGGGGCAAAGGAUAAAAUCAAUAUAAAGAUUGUGUAUUCUAUGCCCCUGUGUGACAGACUAUUUGGCAUCUAGUGUCUUUGUCUCCGUAUGGAAAUCUAGAGAAUCUUUUUUUACAUGUUGCUCAGACGCAAACAAAAUGGUGAUAAUAAAGUGUUAAAAUAUAUAAUGGACUCCUCCCUAUAAAAUGGCCACUCCUGUGUAUGAAUGUAGAGUAUAAUACGAGGAAUAGGGCAGCAAGGCACAUCCAGUGUUUUGCAGUUAAAUGGAAUAAGCACCACUAAUCCAGCUAGAUUUGUCACAUUAUAACACGAUCUGUACUCCAUGUCCAACUACGAUGCUCUGUUCACUGAAGCAAAAACUGUUCCAUCUUUACACAGUAAAACACCAGCUAAAUUUCAGCUACCUGACCCCUCCACAUAGCCCCAUUGUGACUUAGGGUCUGAGUCAUAGUUGUAUGCAGUGCCAAUGCUUUCGCAGUUGUGCGAUUAUCAUCCGACUGCUCAUGUGUUAUGGUCACACUGCGCACACGUCAAAGUCCAUUACCGUAGUCGCACGCAGUGACUUUUCAUUCGCAGAGUGAUUGACAGGAAAGAACCGUUUGGGGGAGGUAAUGUUGGAUGUCAGCAAAAAUGCAGAUGUGCCGUGGCCGUUUUAGGGGUGUGAUGCUGCCUGUGUCUGCAAUCCGGUAUGCAUUAAAGAUUGCUCAGAGUCUCUGAACACUCAGCCAUUCUGCGUCACAAUAGGCUAACUCCGAAGGCCGGUUAUCGAAGGAUCUAUGAUCGCACUUUGUAUGCGGUUACUGUGCUGGGUGUCUCUAUACAGAUCCUGCAGGCUGAGACAUUUGCAUAUUUUCGCACAGUGGGGGUAAUUCCAAGUUGAUCGCAGCAGGAAUUUUGUUAGCAGUUGGGCAAAACCAUGUGCACUGCAGGGGAGGCAGAUAUAACGUGCAGAAAGAGUUAGAUUUGGGUGGGUUAUUUUAUUUCUUUGCAGGGUAAAUACUGGCUGCUUUAUUUUUACACUGCAAAUUAGAUUGCAGAUUGAACACACCACACCCAAAUUUAACUCUCUCUGCACAUGUUAAAUCUGCCUCCCCUGCAGUGCACAUGGUUUUGCCCAACUGCUAACAAAAUUCCUGCUGCGAUCAACUUGGAAUUACCCCCAGUGUCUGCGUACGGGAUCGCAGCUGCGAAGGCAUUCGCUUACAACUAUGAACUUAAUGUUAUGCCAAAAAGUAUUUCUCUUAAUGCAGAUCGAAUCGAUUUCCAUAUUGUGUUUUUAAGUUGGUCAUUAUUAAUUUCGUAUUAUACAGCGUGUGCUGUUCUUUACAAUGUAUGCAAUGGAAAAAAAUCAUUUUUUUUCUUUUGUUUUGGUGCCUGUGUGUAGAACAAAUGGAGAUUGUGUGAUUUGUGCUGUGAGUACACUGGUCAGAUCUGACCUCUGCAUUCGUUUUAUACAGUGUACCUGGAAUAUAAGAUGACUAGUUAGAGACAGGGUUUUACUUGAUAUAAUAUUUUAUCUGUUAUUUUGGGCUGGAUUAAAUCUCAAACUGUGAAGAUACCAAAUAGAUUUUAUACUUUUGUAUUUAUUUUGAUCAGGAAUGUACAGCAGCUACAGUAUAAUAAUUAAAUAUUUUCAUGACAAAUCAAA